AGAAAGCCUCGAACGAACCCUAGCCGCCGCUGCAGGUUGCCCACGCAGACGCUUCGUCGAGUGCUCAUCUCGUGUCUCCACGAGCCAGCCACCAGCGGCUCCGGCCACCCUCCAUGAUUUCGCCGCCGAUGCCGACGCAUCUCCUCCCGACGCGGACGAUCUCCCCUCGCUCAAAUGGCUGCGCAGCGACAGCGAGCCCCUCUCCCCCCUCGAUGGCUGCGCGGCCGCGGCGACUCCCUUCAGGGCUUCAAUCUGUGACUGGCAGAGGGAAGUUUUCACUGGCAGCCAUCACUCUUGAUGAUUAUCUUCCAAUGCGAAGUACUGAAGUGAAGAACCGGACAUCAACAGGUGACAUCACAAGUCUCAGACUAAUCACCGCAGUCAAAACCCCCUAUCUGCCAGAUGGAAGGUUCGAUCUUGAAGCAUAUGAUUCUCUCAUAAACAUGCAGAUAGAGGGUGGUGCUGAAGGUGUAAUUGUUGGAGGAACAACAGGAGAGGGUCACCUUAUGAGCUGGGAUGAACAUAUCAUGCUCAUCGGGCAUACAGUGAACUGCUUUGGCACUAGAAUUAAAGUGAUAGGCAACACAGGAAGUAACUCAACCAGAGAGGCUGUUCACGCGACAGAGCAGGGAUUUGCUGUUGGCAUGCAUGCAGCUCUCCACAUCAAUCCUUACUAUGGGAAGACCUCAAUUGAGGGAAUGAUCUCUCAUUUUGAGGCUGUCCUCCCAAUGGGUCCGACCAUCAUCUACAAUGUGCCAUCCAGGACUGCCCAGGAUAUCCCCCCUGAAGUUAUCAUGGCAAUUUCAGGCUAUCCAAACAUGGCAGGUGUCAAGGAAUGUGUUGGGCAUGAGAGGGUUAAGCAGUACACUGACAAAGAUAUAGCAGUAUGGAGUGGUAAUGACGACGAAUGCCAUGAUUCUAGGUGGAAAUAUGGUGCUACUGGAGUCAUUUCCGUCGCAAGCAACCUUGUUCCUGGGCUCAUGCACAGCCUCAUGUACGAAGGCGAGAAUGCGACUCUGAAUGAGAAGCUUUUGCCGCUGAUGAAAUGGUUGUUCUGCCAGCCAAAUCCGAUUGCUCUCAACACUGCUCUGGCUCAGCUUGGGGUGACAAGGCCUGUCUUCAGAUUGCCGUAUGUUCCUCUUCCUCUCAAAAAAAGGAUUGAGUUCGUCCGGAUUGUUGAAGCUAUUGGAAGGCAGAACUUUGUGGGACAGAAAGAGGCGCGGAUUCUUGAUGAUGAUGAUUUCGUGUUGAUCAGUAGGUACUAGGAAGUGAGUUAGUUUGUAUUUUGAUGAAUAAAACUGAGUUUGCACCUUGCGUUUACAGACUUGGUUCUGUUCAUUAGUCGUUGGUUUAUCUAUUUAAUGGGUGCUGCCUUGGCUUCUUUGUAUAAUAUAUCAAGUUUACAGUUGUUUUAGUCAUGUUGGUACACGAAAAUUGGUUUCCCAAUCCCUGAUAGAUAUGCCAAAUCUGUUGAGAAUUA